AUGGGCUACCAUAUUGACAAGGUGCUGCGGUUUCACCUGCGCUUCUAUCAGCUGCUCGGUCUGCACGGGCUACCGCUGCCCGGCGACGCGCAUCCAAGCCGGAAGGCGAAGCUACUGCAACUCUGGGCCGGCUGCCUGCUGACAGGAUUUAGUACAAUAACAUUUGUGUGCCUGGCCAGCGACGAUGACUAUCUUGGCCAUGAGGACGCCUUUAGCUGCUUCAAUGAUGGCAUGAAGUACGGAUUUGCCGAAAUGGCCAUACUUAGUAUCUACGGUGAGACACUGCCCUGACAACGAUUCCAACUGGCGCGCUUCUGGCAACUGUAUGGAUCGCGAACGCCGCCAGCUAGCACGCUGCGGCAGCAAUUGGUGCAGCAUCGGCGCUACCUCAUCCUGUUGUAUGGCCCACUAUUGUUGGAGCUGAUGCUGCUGAGCAUGUUCGUUGCCGUGCAGGAUAUUUCGCGUCACCUGCUGCUCUUUUGGAUCACCUUUCAGCCGUUUGUGUUUGUGGUGCAUCUGCGCAACACGCAGUUUUUGCUGCACCUGGAGCUGUUGCGCCAACAGCUGGUGCAAUUGGAAUGCGAGCUGGGGCUGCUCGUCGAGUACUCGAGAUUUGCCAGCGGCGCAGCCAGCUUUAGUGGAUUCGCAGAGUACCUUAGGCGGCGAAUGCGCGAGAAGCAGCUAAUGUACGAGCGCAUCUACGAGCUGUGCACCAGCUUUAGCAGGGCCUUCAGCUAUUCCGUGCUGACCGUGCUGCUCAUGAUCUAUAUACGCAUCACAGUCGAUUGUUAUUUCUUGUACUACACCAUCUACAUAAACACCGACAAUAUUAGCUUCGCUGACUAUUAUCUGAUGAUGCCCGCCGUCAUGCAGAUACCCGCCUUCCUCUACGCCUCGCAGAGCUGCAUGCAAAUGGUGCCCCGGAUCGCCUACCAGCUCCACAAUAUUCAGACCACCUCCUCAGCACUUUCCGUUCAGGAUUUGCUCUUACAGAUCCAAAACUUUUCGCUACAAAUUCUACACGAGCCGGUGCGCAUCGAUUGUCUGGGCAUAAUUGUUUUAGACAAUCAUCUGAUAACACGGAUUGCGUGCGCCCUUUGCACUUAUAUGAUAUUUACCGUACAACUGAUGCCCAAGCUGAGUGGAUCCACUAUAUAG